AUGACCACAGUGACACGCUCCUACUGGGACACUCACUCAGAGUGUGAAACAUUCAGGUCAACACAUUUCUAUAAGAGUGUUGUGGACGAGGCCUUACAGAGUCCAAAUGGACACCUGGACUUGUUCCUCCGCUUCCUCCUGGGUCUUUCACUGGAGACCAAUCAGAAACAUUUGCAAGGCUUGUUUACACAAGUGGGAAGUUAUUCACAUACCAAUCAGGAAACAGUUGAGUACAUCAAGCAGAAGAUCAAUGAGAAUCAGUCUCCUGAGAGAAGCAUCAAUCUGUCCCACUGUCUGAAUGAACUGAAUGAUCGUUCUCUAGUGGAGGAGAUCCAACAGUACCUGAGCUCCGGACGUCUCUCCACAGACAAACUGUCUCCUGCUCAGUGGUCAGCUCUGGCCUUCAUUUUGCUAUCAUCAGAAAAAGAUAUAGACGUGUUUGACCUGAGCAAAUACUGUGCUUCAGAGGAGGGUCUUCUGGCACUGCUGCCUGUCAUCAAAGAAUCCAGCAAAGCUCUGCAAAGAGGCUGCAAACUCUCAAAGAGAAGCUGUGAGGCUCUGUCUUCAGUUCUUAGCUCCCAGUCAUCUAGUCUGAGAGAGCUGGACCUGAGUUACAACAGCCUGAAGGAUUCAGUAGUGAAGCCUCCAUCUGUUGGACUGAAUGGUCCACAAUGCAGACUGGGGACUCUCUGGUCAGGCUGAGGAUUGUUGAGAAGUUAACCCAGCAAGUUUUUAUUUACUUUUUAGAUUUGAUAUGUGGAUUGACUGAUUAAAAUUAUUUUCUAGGCUAAGUGACUGUAACCUCUCAGAGAGAAGCUGUGGAGCUCUGUCUUCAGUUCUUGGCUCCCAGUUGUCUAGUCUGAGAGAGCUGGACCUGAGUUACAACGACCUGAAGGAUUCAGGAGUGAAGCAGCUGUGUAUUGGACUGGAGACAACAAACUGCAAAAAUUGCAGUAACAGUAUUGUAGUGAAGCUAUUAACUAAGAGCUUGUUCUCAGUAUUAUAACAAUAAUAUAACUUAACUUGGAUAUUUAAAGACACUCAGACACACAGUAGCAAACUGCCCAAUGUGCUGGAGGUCACAAAUUAACUGAGCCAUCAGAACCAGAUGGCCAUCAAAAUGGACACUUUGCACACAGCUGUCUCUUGAUAUUCUGUUUGUUUAUUUUUCCACAUUUUUGAGGCUGUGUUUGUGAAAGCAUGACUACAUGGUUGGCUGGUCACAGCUAUUAUGAAUUCACGCUUGUUUUGUAAUUUUUAAAGAGUGGAAUAAUGUGACUGUCUGAAAAAGGGCUAGUUUUGAUUUAAACACUUUACACUGACAGUGCAGCUGUGUGUGUGUGUGUGUGUGUGUGUGUGUGUGUG